AAAUACGGACUGAUCCUCAACCAAAGUCAUAGUAUCUCACAGCCUCUCAAGUCAAGCUAAAGAUGUCGCCUAAGUUCGCUCUUGCAAUUCUGGUCCUCAGCUGCGUUCUCCUGGGAAUCGCCAAUGCCCAGCAACGUCGCCAAUAUCGGCAGCCUCAGCAGACAGUUCGUUACAAUGCACCCAAGUAUGCCACUCGCAACACAGACGGUAAUCUGCCCCCACCGGAGAUCAGUCUCCCUCCAGCAGACGCCUCUCAAGUCAAGCUAAAGAUGUCGCCUAAGUUCGCUCUUGCAAUUCUGGUCCUCAGCUGCGUUCUCCUGGGAAUCACCAAUGCCCAGCAACGUCGCCAAUAUCGGCAGCCUCAGCAGACAGUUCGUUACAAUGCACCCAAGUAUGCCACUCGCAACACGGACGGUAAUCUGCCCCCACCGGAGAUCAGUCUCCCUCCAGCAGACGGUGGAGCUCUCAACCCGGAUUGCAUGCCCAAUCAGCUGGCCAGCGGCAACAUUGACAACAAGAAACCUCGCUCAAGGCACUAAUAGGAAAACCACACGAAUCU